AUGAUGUCAGACAUGUACAACCGCCUUGUUGGAGCAUGUCACAGGAAGUGUAUACCUAUUAAAUACUAUGAACCAGAACUUGGUAAAGGUGAAUCUGUGUGUCUUGACCGCUGUGUAGCCAAAUACCUCGAUGUUCAUGAACGCAUUGGCAAGAAGUUGUCCAACAUGUCACAAGGAGAAACUGAAGAUUUAACAAAAAUUAAUCUUCAGGAUAAAAAAUAA